CGCUGGUCGGGCUUGCCCACUGGGCUCGCCUCAUCUCCGCCCGCACCGUGAUGCGCCUGCUCCGGCUCGCCUGCCUCGCCCUCGCUGUGCACUCGAGCCGUGCCCUCCGCCUCGUGCCCACGGAGGGUCGCAGGGCCGCGCUCGGAAGGGGCGUGGCCGCCGCCGCCGCCUCUGCUGCCGCCGCCUCAGCCGCCGCCACUGCCGCGCUGCGCCCAGCCGCCGCGUUGGCGAGCACAGCGGCGGAGUUGACUGGCGUGCAGGCUGGAUUCGACGAGGCCGCGGAGAAGCGGGCAAGGUACCAGGCGAUGCAGAAAGACUACAAGAAGGCGGCGUGGCGCAAGCAGCUGUCGAACCUCGAGUUUUCCGACUCGGACGGCGAGGCGCUCGAGGCGAUCAAGGCGAUCAUCAAGCUCAUCCGUGAGCACGGCGAGCGAGAUUCCGCGCAACGAGAUCCCGCAGGGCGUCCGCAAGCAGGACCUCGACCAGGUCUACAAGCGCGUGCAGCCAAACCUUUCCAAACCGGUGCGGAUGGCGUUCCUCGAUCUCGACGGCCUCGUCCAAAAGGCCGUCACCGUCAAGGACUUGCGCGCGGACGAGUGAUACGAGUGAGGCGCACGCGGCCGCCUCGCUACAUGAAGUCUCGGUCUCUCCCCCUGCUGACUCUCGCGCGCCUCUUCGGACUCCGCGCUCGUGGCAUGUCCAUGCGUUGCCCGCCUUUUGUCUUUUUGCGUCCGCGAUUUCGCGAAGGUAUGAUACGCUACCGCACAC